GCCCUGCUCGUGGAAGGGAGGAGGAGGAGGAAUGUGGAAGGCGGCGGCGGCGCGCAGGCUGACAGGCGGUUCCUCGCGCGGGCUGCGGCGGAGGCGGCCCGAGCGCCUCUCCUCGGCCCAGCUUACGCGCCCCCUCCUCCCCGUGGCCCGGGCCCGCGUGGAAUUGCGCGUCCUCCCGCCUCGUCCCUGAAGGAGAAAGGCAGCCGAGCAAGCAGCAGCGGCAGCGCCCCCCGUCCCUCCUCUCCCACCCCCUGCCGCACCCGCCCGGGCGCGAGAGGAGAAGCGCCAGAGGAGCCGCGAGCGGGCAGGCGGCGUGGUGCGGUGCGAGCGGGCGCCGAAGAUGGCAGAGGCGCCGGCCUCCCCGGCCCCGCUCUCUCCGCUCGAAGUGGAACUGGACCCGGAGUUCGAGCCCCAGAGCCGACCGCGUUCCUGUACUUGGCCCCUGCAGAGGCCGGAGCUCCAGGCGAGCCCUGCCAAGCCCCCGGGGGAUACGGCCGCCGACUCCAUGAUCCCCGAGGAGGAGGACGAUGAAGACGACGAGGACGGCGGCGGCCGCGCUGCCUCGGCCAUGGCGAUCGGCGGCGUUGGCGUUGGCGGCGCCGGUGGCGUUGGCGUCGGCGGCACGCUGGGCUCCGGGCUGCUCCUUGAGGAUUCGUCCCAGCUGCUGGCUCCCGGAGGGCAGGACCUCGGGCCGGGGCCAGCCCCCGCGGCGGGCGCGCUGGGCGGCGGGACGCAGACUCCUCCGCUGCAGCCGCAGCAGCCGCUGGCACCACCGCAGUCGGGGGCGGCCGGGGGCUCGGGGCAGCCGAGGAAAUGCUCGUCGCGGCGGAACGCCUGGGGGAACCUAUCAUAUGCCGACCUGAUCACUCGCGCCAUCGAGAGCUCCCCGGACAAGCGGCUCACUCUGUCCCAGAUCUACGAGUGGAUGGUGCGCUGCGUGCCCUACUUCAAGGAUAAGGGCGACAGCAACAGCUCUGCUGGCUGGAAGAACUCCAUCCGACACAAUCUGUCGCUGCACAGCCGGUUCAUGCGGGUACAGAAUGAGGGCACUGGCAAGAGCUCGUGGUGGAUCAUCAACCCGGACGGGGGCAAAAGCGGGAAGGCACCCCGACGGCGGGCAGUCUCCAUGGACAACAGCAACAAGUAUACCAAGAGCCGAGGCCGUGCCGCCAAGAAGAAGGCGGCUCUGCAGGCAGCACCCGAGGCAGCUGAUGACAGCUCCUCCCAGCUGCCCAAGUGGCCUGGCAGCCCCACGUCACGCAGCAGCGACGAGCUGGAUGCCUGGACGGACUUCCGCUCACGCACCAAUUCCAACGCCAGCACGGUCAGCGGCCGCCUGUCGCCCAUCCUGGCUAGCACAGAGCUGGACGAUGUCCAGGAUGACGACGCACCGCUCUCCCCCAUGCUGUACAGCAGCUCGGCCAGCCUGUCACCCUCAGUGAGCAAGCCGUGCACCGUGGAGCUGCCGCGGCUCACUGACAUGAACCUGAACGAUGGGCUGGCCGACAACCUCAUGGACGACUUGUUGGAUAAUAUCACUCUCCCAGCCUCCCAGGCGUCGCCCCCUGGGACGCACAUGCAACGGAGCUCCAGCUUCCCAUACACCACCAAGAGCUCCAGCCUGGGCUCUCCGACCAGCUCCUUCAACGGCACGGUGUUCGGGCCUUCCUCUCUUAACUCCCUGCGCCAGUCGCCCAUGCAGACCAUCCAAGAGAACAAGCCCGCCACCUUCUCUUCUGUGUCGCACUACAGCAACCAGACACUCCAAGAUCUACUCACUUCAGACUCGCUGAGCCACAGCGAUGUCAUGAUGACCCAGUCAGACCCCUUGAUGUCCCAGGCCAGCACCGCUGUGUCCGCUCAGAAUUCCCGCCGGAACGUGAUGCUGCGCAAUGAUCCGAUGAUGUCCUUCGCUGCCCAGCCUAGCCAGGGGAGUUUGGCCAAUCAGAACUUGCUCCACCACCAGCACCAAAGCCAGGGGGCUCUCGGUGGCAGCCGUGCCUUGUCGAAUCCCAUCAGUAGCAUGGGCUUGAGUGACUCCGGCAGCCUCGGGUCAGCCAAACACCAGCACCAGUCUCCCGCCAGCCAGUCUAUGCAAACCCUCUCGGACUCUCUCUCAGGCUCCUCCCCGUACUCAGCGUGCACCACCCUGCCCGUCAUGGGCCACGAGAAGUUCCCCAGCGACCUGGACCUGGACAUGUUCAAUGGGAGCUUGGAAUGUGACAUGGAAUCCAUCAUCCGCAGUGAACUCAUGGAUGCGGACGGGUUGGAUUUUAACUUUGAUUCCCUCAUCUCCACGCAGAACGGGGUUGGUUUGAACGUGGGGAGCUUCACUGGUGCUAAGCAGGCCUCAUCUCAGAGCUGGGUGCCAGGCUGAAGGACCACUGAGGAAAGGGGAAGUGGGCAAAGCAGACCCUCAAACUGACACAAGAUCUACAGAGAAAACCCUUUGCCAAAUCUGCUCUCAGCAAGUGAACAGUGAUACCGUUUACAGCUUGACACCUUCGUGACUCCCGCGCCAUUUUCCUAACCCAGCAGAGACUGUUAACGGGCCUGACCCUGGGUGAAGCACUUGCCCUCGGAAUGGAACUCUAUGAAGUAUGCAAAACCUUCCUUGGACGGGGGCGGGGUACGAACCACCUGCCAGCGAGGACAGCACCUGCCAGCACCGCCUACCCUCCUUCUGAGCACACCCACUUGAGUUCCUGGUGGUGACUGACUCUCACCAUGGUUUUCUGGGAUGUUUUAAGUGUUGUGUUUGUUUUCUUUUGACUCUCUGAGUUUUUUUUUUUUCCCGACAUGCACUAACUUGCAGUAUUUCUGUUUUCAGAUGUUCACAGGCCUUCCUCUGGCAAAUUGAAAAGCUGGAGGAAAAUGAUAUUACCAGUUACCAUUAUGGCUUUGGGGGUCACAUGCUUUUGAGGCCACAGAACUUCGUAAACUAGCACAUUACAUAAACUAAAGGGGGAUUUUCUUUCUUCUUUUUUGUUGGGUAGAAAAUUAUCCUUUUCUUAAAAACAUAACAAUGGCACAAUUGUCUGCUACGUGCGCGCAUCCGGGACUGAGCCGAGCAUAGGUGUGGCGAGCGGAGCACAGCGUCCGGCCCCGCAUGUUUGCGGGGACUGAGUCAGGUUGGUCACCCAGCCUGCAGGUGCCAGAGCAGGAAGGUCUCCUGUGGGUGUCCUCAGCUGAUGCAGUGAACAAUGUGGGUCUGUGGGUUAGAUACUAGGAUCCUUCUAUUCAGGAAAGAAAUCAGCUCAGCUACUCACUUGUUGCCAAAUGCCACUAAAGGAUUUAGUUUUGAGAAAAGAAACAAAAAAUGAUGUCCUGUGCUGUUUUGCAGAAGACAUGAGCUUGCAGGUGAGCAUUAUUAAGCUUGCAGUGAGAGAUGUGUGAAGAGUGUAGACCGAGUCAGUGCUAAGGCAGCUUUGAAUUCCCCGUCUCCUAGGUUCAUACCCUGGGUGGUUUUCAGCCCUGCUGUGUGUAAUCUGAUCUGCCAUAAAUGUGUGAGAGGCAUAUAGCAUACAAACUGAUUCAUACGUGUGUGUGUGUGUACAUAUAUGCAUAAGCUUGGGUUGGAAUUGUACAAGGGAUGCAAUGAAAGUACACAAUAGGGCAGCUUUAACUUUUUUUCCUAUAACUCUCCUGCUUCUGUGGAUUUCAUUUUCUUUUGUUUUCCACAAGUUUUACGGUGCUGUCAAGGUGCUUUCUGUUGAACCUGGGAAGUCUGAUCCUAUUUGCCCCCCUCUUUGUAGACAGAGUCGCGGGGACACCUGUGGUACCUGUGACACAGGUGCGCUGGCGCUCCGAUUAGCACAGCACAUGCAUACUCCUCCAAAGCAACACAAAGGCUCUCUUCUCCACAUACACAAGCAUCAGGCAUAUAAAUGUAUACAUGUAUUUUACCAUGUACAGUACAAAAGCAGAACCCUUUGCAUAGGAACACAGGCCGGUUCUUUGAGCACAGACCUCCCCUUGCUUAAGUGCCUGUUGAUGCUUAUGGCGCAGCAGUGGGCACCAACACACACAUGCCACCCUAACCCUCCUGCACUCCCCACCUACCAGGAGCCCCCUUUUGUGCACCUUUGCUUUACUACUCCUUCAUGGGGUUGCUGGGUGGGGGGUGGACCCCACCUCCUUGCACCAUAAGCAUUCCAUCUGGUAUUGUCAGUGUGUCUCGCCCACCUCACAUUGGAUCCUUGUGUUUGAGCGACAGCCCUGUUGAUUUUGCCCUGCCUUUUCCAGACUAUAAAAUCAUUGUGCAAAUGUGGGUAUAGUAGGCCAAUAGCACAUCAGCCUUUUCUACACUGCUACACAUUUAUAAUCUUCAUUUUAAAAGUAUGUAUAUAUUUUUUAAAGCAUAUGUAUCCUGUUCAUGUGUUCUGCUUGUUGGCGAGCCAGACCUGUUUACUGUGUUUCUUGGUAAUGAUGCUAGCCAAUUCCUUGACUCCCAUAGGAGCCUGCCAUGGGCAAGAGCCGUCAGGGAUCAGCAAAAAGGGCUGCUCUGGGUAGGAUGCUGUGCAAAGGCAGUGGCAGAGGCUGGGGACAGCAGGUGGUGCAAUACCAGAUCCAGGGAAAUCCCAGUGCUUCCAGAUGAAGGCCUCCAUCCUAGAGGACAAGUGGAUGAACUAGGGAAAGAACUUCCAGCUCUUGCAGUUUUGCAGACCCUGGAGUUGCUGUGGGAACCAGAGAGGCAACCCCCCUCCUCCAUCAACAGGUAUGUUUCAGCUUAAAGAUGCUGCAUUCCUUGCCAGUCUGCAGCAUCUCACCUACUCUCUUCUUUCCCAUGCGUUUUGGGUUUCAGGCAGAACAUAUUACUGUUCCGGGACACCAGGUCACAGUUCUUAAGCCGAAAUAGAUGAGGGAGGGACAGUGGGGGCAUGGGGGACAGGGCAGCCACAGAGCAGGUCGGGAAAAUGGAGGCAGAAUGCUUUGGUUUGUGUUUGUUCUUUCUCUCUCUUUCUUUCUUUCUCUUUUUUGUAACUCAGAGAACAGCAUAGAAUAUUGUGAAGAGCUGACACCAAGGCUGAGUUACGGGCAGCCACCACGCAGUGAAAUCUGCCAGUCCCAGGAGAGCAUUGAAUAGAUAGCACAGCAGCCUCUCCAUGAUCCUGCCCCCCUUGGCUGGCCUCCUAUACACAGCAGCCAGGCUGCCUUACACCAGCCUAGUCCUAAGCUGCAGCACUGGGCAGGUGGGACCCAGGCCCUUCUGGCUGCUCUCUCAAGACCCUGUUUGCAGGAUGGGCCAAGUGGUGGUUGGCCGCCAUGUAACACUCCGUAUGUCAUGGGUCCCUGACAAUGAGUUUUCUGACCUGGUCAUUCUGGGCACUGGUGUUUGAUACCCCAAUGCCAGCUACCCAGGGUGCUAUGGAGCUUUUCUUUCCCAUAAGCCUCUUUACAAAGCUGUUGGUUUCAUGAUGAGAAAUUAGAGGAUUUGAUAUUGGAAUCAUGACAGGCACUCUGUAGCUCCAUUGUUCCUGAGAGGGCUUCAGAGCCAGAUACCUGGUCCUAAGGCUGGGAAAGAACUCUGGCUUGAUCCUGUCCCUUCCUGGCAGAAGGACUGGGCACCAGGCUUAGGGUGCCCCACUGAUUGGGAGUGAGUAUGAGACUGGCAGUACAAUGACAUGUGAAAUUGUGUGUGUGUGUGUGUGUGUGUGUGUGUGUGUGUGUGUGUGUUUCACUGCUCGGGACAGGUGUGCCCCAUCUCAGGUGCAAUUCCAGGUGGCUUCCAAACUUUUAUACACACUCAGGCAAGGGAGGAGCAGACUUUGCCUUCCACCUGAUGAUGGUGAGCUCAUCCUGAAGAACAGACAUUUGAAUCUUGCAAAAGACCAUCCACAGUUGAGCAAUCUCUGCCCAUGCACAUUCUGGUGUUUAGGGCUAAUGAGAAGAAAUAAAGUAUUACCCUUUCUCUGUAGAAGCAAAAGGACUGCCCACCCUUUGCCCUGGCAACUCAGCGUGCUGAUCUUCUUAGCCUUGGUAUAUUUGGAAAACAUUGUAUGAUUAGGCAGAAUGAUACUCUUUUAAUUAAGGGAAGCAAAAAAAAAAUUUUUUUUUCAUAAAACAUAAUCACUAGUCAAGAGGUACGAAAAAAACCAAUCUCUCCCUGGAGAUCUGGGGGAGGCAGGGUACAGCAAGGGCAAAUUCAAGUUGCCAUAGAAUCAUGUCUCAUCCGACAAGAUCCCAAAAGCAGUUGCCCAAGCGUGUGAAGGGUACAGUGAUGUACAGCUCAAGUGGGUAGCACUUUAUGCAGGUUGAGUGAAUGGCCUAUUUCCCUCCAAUUGAGUCUGAUUUGUAUGUGUUUUUCUUUGAUGAAUGAUUGGUUGCAAGGCCUCUGCCAUUCUAGAAAUAAUCCGUGUAGCUGCUUUUAAGAGACCAUGUGUCUGGUCCCUCACAUCUCCCAAAGGAUGUCAUUGCCUGGCAAUCAGACUUCCCCUGUAUACUAGUUCUAGCACAUCAUGUACACGGGAAAUGUAAACCGAUGUGAAGGAGGGCCAGAGAAAUUAGUUUAAUGUUUUAAAAAAAAUGUAUUGUGCAUUUUGGCCUCACAUGUUAAACUUUUUUUUUUAAGAAAAAAGUUGCAUGAAUGGAAAAAAAUCUGUAUACAGUAUCUGUAGAACUGUCUUAUCUAUUUUUGAUUUCUUGCUUAGACCCCCAUACCAAUUAGAAGUAAAUAUGGUGCAUGGUCAUAUUCAACAGCCACUGGUCACGCAGCUCGUAUCUUGGUUUGAAGCACCUCAUCCUUCCUCUCACAGCAAACACUAUCACAAUGCGUUCUGACUGAGGACUUCGUCUAACCAUCUGUUGCCACAAAUUAACUUCACCGGCUUUUCUUCUCAAAGAUCAAAACCAGUUUGAUUUGGGAAUUUUUCCCCUUUCCAAAUGAAUUAGCAAUGAUGAUGAUGCCGUACUUUCCUUGGUGUUUGUAGAUAUUGCCUUGUGUAUUCCAUUUAAACCCAUAAUCUAGUUUGUAAAAGAGAUGGUGACGCAUGUAAAUAAAGCAUCAAUGACACUCUA